AUGGUAUUAUCAGAUAAAUUCGGAGGAGCUCGUCAGAUUCUCGGAUUCGGACGGUUUCAGUACUCUGAUGACUGUUGCGAGGAAAAUGAAGUUCAAUACUGCAGUAUCCCAGACGGUCCAAUUAGCGAAACAUGCGGGAUAAAAAAAAUGACAGUGAUGAGCCGAAAGACUAUUGGACAGGCUCAAGUUGGUGAAUAUCCGUGGCAAGCUGCCAUUUUGACGAGUAAAGAAGAUGGCGGUUAUAAGUACAAAGGUGCUGGUGUUCUAAUUAAUAAGAAACAUGUUCUUACUGUUGCACAUAUAAUUGAGACCUGUGAUGUAAUUCGUCUUGGAGAAUGGGAUCUGUCAUCAAAUCAAGAACCAUGCAGCCAACAAGAUUACCAGGCAACAAAAAUUAUCAAGCACCCUUUGUCCAAUUCUAACUCGAUAGAAAACAAUAUUGCAUUGAUAAUAUUAGACAGGGAUGUUCCAUUGGCAGCGAGCCCGCAUAUCAACACCGCUUGCUUGUCUUCAUCAACUCCAUCACUCGGAAAAUGCUGGGUUGCCGGGUGGGGUGGCAGCCAGGAAUUGACACCAGAAACUACCAAGACAUUAAGAGAUCUCGACAUUUCUAUUAAUCCCUAG